UGGAGGUUGGAGGUUGGGAGUUGGGGGUUGAGUUCAGAAGCCCAUUCUCUAGAGCUCCCGAAGUUUCUGGGAAGAAAGGAGGGUGACAACACUAAGAUGCAUACAUGGAGGCAGUGGUGGUGGUCCAGAGGGGUAACCAGGCAGCAAAAGAGGGAGAGCAGACUGUAUGAUGAAGUAUGUGGGCUGUGUAGAUAGUAGGAAAAAUCCUGAGCAUUCAGACACAUGGGUUCUAGUCCCACCAAUUCUGUAACCCUGGGCAAAGUCAGUUCCUUAUCUGUCAAAUUAGGAGAUGGGACAUUCAGCUCUGACAUUGUGUUUUCUGGACCUUUCCAGUUUUGACAUUCUUUAUUCAAUGAUGCUUUUCAGCUCCAAUAGUUUAUGUUCUCAUAGUUCUAUUCUAAAGUCCUUCCUUGUUCUCACAGUCUAUGUAUGUUCUAAUAUUCUGUGUUAUAAGAAUAUCAUUCAUAAGUUCCAAGAGCCUAUUAAUGCAAGACUCUAGGACUUUGUGAAAGGGGGUUUCUUGGGGGUACUACUCUGAAUCAGCAGAGGGGGGAGAUCCAUCCCCAGAUAUUGCCCUAAAGUGUCCCCUUCCUCUGGAUGGGGGAGGCCAAUAGUACACCUCCCUCCCACUUCGUCCCACCCCAGGAGGAAAUGAUUGGGUGGGAGGUGAGUUUCCUUGAUAGCAGGAAACAGGGUGGUUGGUUUUCUCUUCUGCACCCAAGGGGCACCAGGAGGAAUUUCAGACUCUCAAGCCAGCUUGUUGGAGGUAGAGAGGCAUAAUUCAGCCAAAUCUCCAACCAGAAUCACCCCAAGAAUCUCACCGAGACACCCAACCCCCUAACCUGAAACUGCUCCCUCAUCUCCCUGAAACUUUUUAUUUCUACCCUGCCCCCAUCCACACUGACCCCCAUUUCCCAAGUUCACAUCUUCUCUAUUUCCCAAAGACCUCAGCCCUCUCCCCCUCCCUCACUCUUGCAACUCCCCCGAUUUUCAGAGAGAGAAGACAGUGUGCCUCAAUACUCACCAUCUCCAUUCUUACAGCCCACCCCACCAGUUCCUCCCUUACUCUCCCAAGUGCCCUAGCUACUGCCUUUCUUGUCCUCUUCUCCUUAUUUUUCUAGGAUUUCAUAGCCCUCUCCCACUUCACUGUCCCCAGGCUCUCUGAGAAAAAGGGGAAGGAGAAGGGGGCAGGCGGAGGGAUCCAUCAUCCCACCACUACCUAUAUUUAUUUCUCUCACCUGUCUCAUUCACUACCCCUUCUCUGCUCCCCAACCCUCCCUCAUUUGCUUUCCUGCAGCCUUCUAAGCUCACUAUCUCCCAUUCCUUCAGCUGUCUGUGCUCUCCUUGAUCAUGCAUCCCUGAGUCCCCUGGAGGGGAUAGGGGGGGCCCCAAUGGCCUCCUGCCCUCCAGCCUCUGGAGGCCCCACCGCCCACCUGGGUCAGGGGGUGCGCCCCCGCCCCUCCGUUGCCCUCCUCACCCACUAUGGGCAAUACCACGCUGGAGGGCUGUCACGUGGACUCGAGGGUGGACCACCUGUUCCCGCCCUCUCUCUACAUCAUCGUCAUGGGCAUCGGGCUGCCCACCAACUGCCUGGCUCUGUGGGCUGCCUACCGCCAGGUCCGCCAGCACAACGAGCUAGGCGUCUACCUGAUGAACCUGAGCAUCGCCGACCUGCUGUACAUUGCCACGCUCCCUCUGUGGCUCGACUACUUUCUGCAUCACGAUAACUGGAUUCACGGGCGCGGCUCCUGCAAGCUCUUCGGUUUCGUCUUCUACACCAACAUCUACAUCAGCAUCGCCUUCCUGUGCUGCAUCUCUGUGGACCGCUACCUGGCCGUGGCCCACCCCCUGCGCUUCGCCCGCCUGCGGCGCGUCAAGACGGCCGUAGCCGUGAGCUCUGUGGUGUGGGCCACGGAGCUGGGCGCCAACUCAGCUCCGCUCUUCCACGACGAGCUCUUCCGGGACCGCUACAACCACACCUUUUGCUUCGAGAAGUUCCCCAUGGAGGGCUGGGUGGCCUGGAUGAAUCUCUACCGCAUCUUCAUCGGCUUCCUCUUCCCCUGGGCCCUCAUGCUCUUCUCGUACUGGGGCAUCCUGCGUGCGGUGCGUGGCAGCAUGUCCACAGAGCGCCAGGAGAAGGCCAAGAUCAAGCGGCUGGCAUUGAGCCUCAUCGCUAUCGUGCUGGUCUGCUUUGCGCCCUACCACGUGCUCCUGCUCUCACGCAGUGCCGUCUACCUGGGCCGCCCCUGGGACUGCGGCUUUGAGGAGAAGGUCUUCGCUGCCUACCACAGCUCACUGGCCUUCACCAGCCUCAACUGCGUGGCCGACCCCAUCCUCUACUGCUUCGUCAAUGAGGGUGCCCGCGGCGAUGUGGCCAAGGCCCUGCACAGCCUCCUGCGAUUCCUGGCCAGCAACAAGCCCCAGGAGAUGGCCAACGCCUCCCUGACCCUGGAGACCCCGCUGGCGUCCAAGAGGAACAGUGUGGGCCGCUGCAGCUGGGGAGGGGCCCUGGCCUCCAACUCCCACUCACGAGGGGAUGAUGUGCAGCUGAAAAUGCUGCCGCCCUCUCAGUGACCCUCCUCUGCCAGCCUCCCCCCUGGACCCCAGCCUCUGGUGGAGUCUGCCCGGCAUUAUCUCACCCCCUGUCUCUUACUCGCAAAUGAGAUGCAAAUGAAUCUUGUGUGGAUAUCCAUAAAGAGGGCAUGAGCUAA